GUGUGGGAGAUGUCGGCGCUGCUGGGAGCUGGUCCUGAGGAUGACCACCUGCCGCGGUCCAGAUGAAGGCCGUCGCAGCAUCACGACGGCUCUCCAGAACCGCCUCUGAACAGAAAGAGGUUCUGACCCGAGUCUGGCCCCAGGACCAGGAGCGGCCCCCACCAUCACAGUUUAGAAGUCCAGAAAGGUCAUGAGAUGAUUGUUCAUCCCAGACUGUUUCUGAAGAAAAACAUUUACAAAAGGACUGAAAAAUGUUGAAUCAUAAGAGUUUCUUCCACUUUUCGGACUCCUGCUUUGGGGGGGAGAUGAUGCAGCAGGUGAGUGCUGCGCAUGCGCCGUGGUAGUCACGACCCGCCGCCGCAGGAGGAGCAAACAUGGCGAUGAAGGCGCUCAGAGGGAUGAUGAACGGCGCCAUGAACGAGCUCUCCUCGGCCGUGAGCGGCAGCAGGCCCGCCGCCGCCCCGGGCCCCGCCGGGACCGCCGCCCCCAGGGAGCACGCCGUGGCCGUGAGCCGCGACUACAUCACGCAGCCGCGCCUGACCUAUAAGACGGUGUCUGGGGUCAACGGGCCGCUGGUGAUCCUGGAUCAGGUGAAGUUUCCCAGAUACGCGGAGAUCGUCCACCUCACCCUACCUGACGGGACCAGCAGGAGCGGGCAGGUUCUGGACGUGAACGGCUCCAAGGCUGUGGUGCAGGUUUUUGAGGGAACUGCAGGCAUCGAUGCCAAGAAGACCAGCUGUGAGUUCACGGGCGACAUCCUGCGAACGCCGGUUUCUGAAGACAUGCUGGGGCGGGUCUUUAACGGGUCGGGAAAACCCAUCGACAGAGGACCCGCCGUCCUGGCCGAAGAUUACCUGGACAUCAUGGGCCAGCCCAUAAACCCUCAGUGUCGCAUCUAUCCAGAGGAGAUGAUCCAGACCGGAAUCUCCGCCAUCGACGGCAUGAACAGCAUAGCCAGAGGCCAGAAGAUCCCCAUCUUCUCUGCAGCGGCUCCGCACAACGAGAUCGCAGCUCAGAUCUGUCGGCAGGCUGGUCUGGUGAAGAAGUCUAAGGACGUGAUGGUCUACAGCGAGGACAACUUUGCCAUCGUCUUUGCAGCUAUGGGGGUCAACAUGGAGACGGCUCGGUUCUUCAAGUCAGACUUUGAGGAGAACGGAUCCAUGGACAACGUCUGCCUGUUCCUAAACCUGGCCAAUGACCCAACUAUUGAGCGGAUCAUCACCCCACGGCUGGCGCUGACGGCGGCGGAGUACCUAGCUUACCAGUGUGAGAAGCACGUGCUCGUCAUCCUCACCGACAUGAGUUCCUACGCGGAGGCGCUCCGAGAGGUGUCUGCAGCCAGAGAGGAGGUCCCGGGUCGCAGAGGUUUCCCCGGAUACAUGUACACAGACCUGGCAACCAUCUAUGAGAGGGCGGGCAGAGUUGAAGGGCGCAGCGGGUCCAUCACCCAGAUCCCCAUCCUCACCAUGCCCAACGACGACAUCACCCACCCGAUUCCUGACCUGACGGGGUACAUCACAGAGGGGCAGAUCUAUGUGGACAGACAGCUUCACAACAGACAGAUCUAUCCUCCCAUCAACGUGCUGCCGUCUCUUUCUCGACUGAUGAAGUCCGCCAUCGGGGAGGGAAUGACCCGCAAAGACCACGCAGAUGUUUCCAACCAGCUGUACGCAUGCUAUGCUAUCGGUAAGGACGUCCAGGCCAUGAAGGCGGUGGUUGGAGAGGAGGCUCUGACUGCUGACGACCUGCUUUAUCUGGAGUUCCUCAGCAAGUUUGAGAAGAACUUCAUCUCCCAAGGAGCCUACGAGAACAGGAGCGUGUUUGAGACUCUGGACGUGGGCUGGCAGCUGAUGCGGAUCUUCCCCAAAGAGAUGCUGAAGAGGAUUCCUCAGAGCACUUUGGCCCAGUUUUACCCGCGAGAAGCCAAACAUUAGCCGGACGCUGCCGCUUCCGCUGGCGAUGCCGCUGCCUCCUGCAUCCAUGCGUCGUGGUGUUAUGAUGCUGUUCCCAUCGUGGACGCUUGUGGCUUUCAUGUGGAAGCAGAAGGAGGCGGAGCUCUUGGUUAAGGGAGGAGUCAAAGGUUAGAGUCGUGAUGCUGAGUCAGACGUUUGGAGGAACCGAGUCCGUUUCCCAGAGAGGAUCCUGAAUGCAGAUGAAGGAGAGAUGGAGGUGAAAAAUGAUGGGGCUGAGCCACAACAACACAACAACGACACAAUAGCAUAUCUACACAACAACAACACAUAAGCUGCUCAGACCCAUCUUUCAUCUUUCAGAGCUCCGGUUCCGAGUUUUCAGUCAGUUAGACGGUUAGAGUGGAAAAACUGGACCGAAACAGCCAUCAUUAUGGGAUGUAAACAGAGUAGAAAGGAAGCAACCGUGACGAUGAGUCACAGCAGCUCUUUGAAAUGUGAUGCAGACUCCUUAAAACAACGUUUAAAUUGACACACCUUGCUUCUCACUGUUUUCCCAUCAAUCUAUACGUCAUAAACACGUAUCGGCGUACCUUAACAGCAGACGUGUCCUCAGUAACAACCUUGCAGCACGCCUCCAUCAGACACACACACACCAAAGGAAACCGUGUUGAUCCUGACGUUGAGACAGACGUUCAAGUUGGUCAGCCAAAUAUAGAGUUUAAAUCAGUGAACUAUCCUGACAAGGACUGCAAAGACCAGGACUUCCAGUAUUCUUUGUGUCGUUGCUUUGCCCCGCCCUCUUAACUCCUGGCCAAUGACUGAAGAGAUCGUUAGUCACAUGGUUUUGUUUACAAGCUUUAGUCUGAAUGAGAAAUCUCUGGUAGACGGCAGUCUGGAUUCAGACCAAACACCAGGUGCAGGACUUGGUUUCCAGUCUGAAUGCAUUCUUGGAUUCAACAGUUAAAGAAAUGUGUGUGUGUGCUUCUGUGAGCCGCACACACACCCAAACACACACACUGAAACUGGAAAUGGUCUGUUUGCAGAGGAAACUCUUCUCAGCAGCUGAGAAGGAGCAGGAGAAAACAGACGAAUGUCGAGGAGAACUUCAGAACACAACCUGAGCUCAUUCAGAUCAGCUGAUUCUGUUGGUUAGAGCAGAAAGAACAGAAACACUAAACGGUUUGUGAAGCUGGUCUCUGCUGCUGAGCAACCUUUGAUGUUCCGUCUGCAUGCGUCUGAAUCGUUUGUGACUAAUGAGAGUAAAUUCUGUCAGAACUUCUGGAUUCUUUGCUGAUCUGCUGGAUUAUUUUUGUGUACAUUCAGUAGUUGUGCGUCAGUGUUGGACUUCACAUCCAUUCCUGCUGGAGCUCUGCAUGCAGACUGAAGAUAUCAACAAACUGCAUGUGUGGUCUUUGAAUGUUGGUGCCUCAACCAUCAUGUCUGUGAAAUAAAAAUUUGCUGACUCGUGA